CAGAGUCCAGAGGCGGUAGUUUUGGAGGUACUUAGAAAAUCACCCGUUCUUGACACGCAUCUUGAUCUCCCAAUUGCAUUGCGGGAAGAAUUCGGUUUAGAUUUCAACGCGUUCAAUUUGACGACGCCAAAGCCAUCACCGUUCCCAUUCCAUAUUGAUUUCCAGAGAACGCGUGAGGGCCACCUCGGAACAGCCUCUUUUUCAUCCUUCGUUGAGUGUCCAAAACCUGGUGAAGCUGAUACAAGUGUACGUGACACAUUGGAACAACUAGAUGCUGUCUAUCUUCUUGAAGAGUUAUACCCAGACUACAUCAAGAUCGUAAGAUCAGCCCAUGAGCUCGAAAAGUUAUCACCGAAGAAAUUAGGAGUCAUGCUAUCACUUGAAGGAGGACAUCAUCUUGGUGACAGUUUAGGUGCACUAAGAGUGUAUGCACGUAUGGGAGUCAAGUAUAUCACACUUGCUCACAAUUGUGAUAACGUUUUUGCAGAUGCUGCUGUUGAAGGUCAGAGAACGAACCACGGAUUGAGCGACAUCGGUAAAGCGCUCGUUCAAGAGCUCAACAGGAAUGGCGUUUUGGUCGACAUCUCGCAUACUUCCGAUGAGACUGCUCAUCAAGCCAUUGAUGCCAACGCUGGUCCGCUUUUCUGGAGUCACUCUGGCGCGAGAGAGGUCUUCAACCAUCCAAGAAAUGUCCCUGACGACCUCUUGCACAGACUUCGGGACAGUCCAAAUGAUGGCGUUCUCCAAGUCGUCAUUGCAGCAGCCGAUUUCAUGGGAGAUGAACCUACUAUUGCUGACGUCGCUAACCACAUUGAUCAUAUCGCGGAGGUAGCUGGAAAAUCCCAUGUUGGUAUUGGUUCCGACUUUGAUGGUGUUCCUACAACACCUGAAGGGCUGGACGAUAUUUCCAAGUAUCCUAGUUUGUUUGUCGAACUCUACAAACGCGGUUGGACAAAAAAUGAAUUAGCUGGUCUUGCAAGAGGAAACUUUAUUAGAAUUCUCAGAAAAGCAGAGAAGGUCGCUAAAGACCUCAAG